AUGUUUGAGAUCUCGUCAUUAUGUGACAUCAGAAGGUAUCAUGUACCACUAUGUAUUUUCUAUUGAGGCUGACAUGUAAAGUGCUUUGGACUGGAAGGGAUGUAUGAAAUGUUGCAACAUGAAGUUUCUAUUACUCCUCUCUCUCUUUCCAGAUGUUCCUACCAGAAUGAUAAUUACCUGACUACCAUGGUCCCUGUGGAAGGUUCCUCUGGCCUUCUGUACCCCAACCACUACAAACGCUUCACCCUCGAGAUGUUCACCUUUGUGGACCACACUCUGUCUCCCCAGAAAGAUCGGGUAAUUGGCUAGCUAUUUUAUUGUACAAACUUCAUUUGAUAUACAAUUUCCUUUUCAUUAACUUAUUUUAUUCUGUACUCUCUUGCCAGAUUUUCAUCCACUGUAGUACAUCUGUGUGCUACCCUACUCCAGGGGUCUCCUGUGAACCGAAAUGCAACAGGCAAAGUAGGUGGUGGUUCUCCCUUUACAAAGGCCUUGCUUGGACACCAUGGCCACGAUUAG